AUGGUCCAUGGACAUGCGCACGUUAGAGAGCUAUCUAUCAACGUUUACCUACUGUAUCCAUUAUUGUCUGGAAGGAGAGAGUACAAUGCAUCACAUGUCCGCAUGCGAAGCACAUCAUCGAAACAAGGAUGUCUGGCCUUUGGUGAAGUCUGUGAAUAUAGUGGGCGCAAGCCCGGAUCUGGUAUAGGACGUGGAGCAAAAGCUUCUGCCUCUGCUUCGCCAACUUCGCCACGACACGAAACACCAACACCUAGCCCGGCCCUGUCGGCAUCACCCACAACGACUCCAAGUCCUGUCAGAAGGAAUUCAUCGCAGUCUUACAUACCGUUUCAUCAACAUCAACAUUCCUCUGACAAACAAUGGUUUAUUUUGAAGGAUGAGCCCAUCCCACCAGAGUAUCCAUACAAGAGGGACCCAUCGCCUGACGCUGUUGGUCGAUCGGCUCUUGGAAUAGCGGAUCUCAUUGAUUUAUUCUUCACUCACGUUCAUCCUGACGUUCCAUAUAACAUACUACAUUCUGUCGACUUUUGUGAGCCUUGGAAACCACAUGCUCCUCUAUUACUGGAUGCAAUGUGUGCUCUUGCGAAAGUCAGGUCGUCACAACCGCCUCCUCCCGGUCAUCCUUCUUGGCGAAGUGGGGACGAAUACUUUAUGAGAGCACAAGCAACCCUAUCGCAGGCCCUUGAGGUGAACCUGACGUAUGAAACGGUGCAAGGUUUAUUGCUCUUGUGUAUGUAUGCUAGCAUCAGUGAUCGCCUGAAUCUAGUAUCCGAAUACCUAGCAAUGGCGGUACGGCUAGCUCAAUUGCUAGGUCUAGACAAGGAACUGCCGAUACCAGAUAUCGGUGAUCAACGAUUCUUGGUUGCCGAAGCAAAAAGACGGACUUGGUAUGGUGUGGUGCUUUUGGACUUGUACCUGUCGUUUGUGCUCUUCCCAGGUCGGACACCGCAAAUUCCCGACCAUGUCAAGACCACUUUGGAACCUCCGGCUCCUGAAUUUAUAUGGGGAUAUGCCCAUGGAGUCAACCCGACAUUCAUAAGUGAUCAGUCCUGGAGACCAGCAGAAGCCCUACUAAGACUUGGAUGUGUAGCACAUCGCAUAACACACCACUUUUAUCAUCUGUUUGGUCUCUCUCGAGCACCGAACGUGCCUUUACAAUACCCAGAAUUCUCUCCCAUGCCAUAUCCACCAAAUGCUGCAUCUAUACCCACCAAUACUGGCAAUACUAACAACACACAGCAGCUACCAUCAUUCGCAAUUUUCCACCAAGUAACGCCACCAAAUACGGCUGCGUCAGUUGCACCAUCAAAUGAACAGACACCAUAUUUUUUCGAGCUUGAAGGCCUCGACAGGGGACUCUUGCAGUGGUAUUGGGACUUGCCGCAAUGGGUACGAGACUCGGAGAAACGACAAGGAAGCUUUUCGUCUAGCCUGGAAUCGUGUGACCCACCUACGGUACUCGCACCGUGUCUGUUGAUAACCUUCCAUGGACUCCGAUGUGGUUUGCAUGCUCCAGCGGUAGCUAAAGCUGUGCAAACACGAGAAUCAACGUCAUCUGUCGUUCCCACUGUGUCGUCACUUAAGGCAGCCGUGAAUAUUUUGGGCAUAUUGUUGGCUGAACGGCCAGGAUAUUCUGAUGGUGCUUCUAUCGUUACGCAGUUUGCCCUGUAUCUGCUGGGUCUCAGUGCAGUAAUCAUCCGACGUCUCGCACCAGACUUGAUUCAAGAUUGUCCAGCUGAAACAAUGGCACUCCGAGCACUAGAUUCCAUGACUCCUACCGUGCACAGUGCUGCGCAUUGGAGUGAUAUGCUUCGAGAUCUCAUGUUGAGAUUUCAGGCUGCAGGAGGAGGAAAUCGUCAAUUUGUAGGAGGUAAUGGUAGUGUUGCUGCUGCAACGCUGCCGUUACCGAUGCCACCGUCGUCGUCAAUACCCGGGUCGAGUCUGCCACCCCUACAGCAGAGGUUUGAGCCGUUUAAAUAG